UGAUGAACGAUAUUUAUUCUUCUUUGAAUUAUUUCGUAUCUGAGUCCUUUUUUAAAUGGACAAAAUCGAUUAUAAAAAGUGGAUAAAGAAAUUUAUUUAAUUGGUUUUCCAAUAACUGGUAUUGUUGGACGUAAACUUCCAACUUUUAAGAACGUUUUAGCUUUAUUUUUCUAUAAUCAUAAAGUACAAAAGUGUGGUGUUAAACAAAGUGCUUUAUUUACUGUGACCGAGGUUCAAGAACAAUGGAAAAAGGCUCAAAUUCCUACUUGUGAGACUUUAAAUGCCAUCAAUAAGUUAUUGAGAAAGUUCAAAAAGUGGCAAAGUUUGCAGCGUAGUUAUAAAUGGAGACAAUCAUUCACGCAAAUCAAAAAUGAAACUGUUUUUAAAAAUAAGUUGAAGGAGUUAUUUGAUAUUGCGCACACGAAAGCAGCCAAAACCUGAAGUAAAGAAGGAAAUGAAUUUUUGCUAGCCCAGAGAUCAUUAGGUCGGCAUGGAUUUAUUGAUAAUUUUCCACAAAAACCUCUAACAUAUGAAGAACUGAUGGAGGUAAAUGAAGAAAAUUCGGAUGAACUGGUUGACAAUAGUACCAUCACUCCAAGCCAAGAUAGUAACACUACUUCAAGCCAAGGUACACUAACAACAUCACAAUCAACGAUAAGUCAUGUUUCAAAUUUCGAAGAUGAAUUAUCUCUGCCAAAAGUGACUUCAAAAAUGUCUAUAAUGACACCUGAACUUGUUGCUGCAUUAGAUCGCGGAAAUGUAAGCACUAGAAAUGCUACUUAUAUCAUAGCUGCAACUUUAAAGAUUGUUGGAUAUGAUCUUAAUGAUGUUAAUUUAAGCUACAGUACUAUUCGACGGGCACGUAUAUCUCUAAGAGAAGGUAUAGCUAGAGAACUAAAGGAACAAUUGAAAUUGGAUGAUAAUUACGUUGUUCAUUGGGACGGGAAACUUUUUCUCAUGGCGUUGAAAUAAAUUUGUAUUUAUCACGGCGCAGGUGUUGAAUUAGAGAAAGCUUUAGGUCGGGAACUUAUUUGGUUAUCAUGUCGUCACCACAUGUUUGAAAUUAUUUUAAAAACCGUUUUUGAAGUAUAUUGGCCUAAACAAACAGGCCCGAACGUGCCAAUCUUCAAUCGAUUCAAAGGUUUUUGGAACAAAAUUGAUAAAUCAAAAUUCAAAGCGGGUAUAGAAGAUACCGCUGUUGAUCAAGCUUUGUCAGACAUCACUGAUGAAAUUUUAGGAUUCAUUGGAGAAUAUUUGCAGAAAUAUCAUCCAAGAAGUGACUACAGAGAAUUUUUGGAGCUGUCAUCAGUUUUCUUAGGAGUUGUUCCAAAAGAAAAUUUUUUGUUCAAAAGUCCAGGAGCUAUAAAUCAUGCUCGUUGGAUGUCCAAAGCAAUAUAUUGUUUAAAAAUAUUCAUUUUUCGGGAAGAAUUCAAACUCACAACUUCUGAGAUAAAUAGCCUCCGAGAAAUAUGCAAGUUUAUCAUCACAAAUUAUAUAACAGCGUGGUUUACUUCGACUUCAGCGACUUUGGCUGCACAACAUGAUUUAAUUUUCAUGCAGAAAUUAAUUCGAUACAAAGUAGUAAAUUUGGCAAUAUCAACUGCAACUACUGAAAAAAUGAAGAAUCACCUAUGGUGUUUAUCUGAAAAAUUAGCCGUUAUAUCUUUAUUUAAUGGAUGUGUAAAUAAUGAAGUGAAAGAACAAAUUAUUGUUAAUUUGAAGAAUCGGGAUGGUUUUAAUACGAAAGCCAAAAAAUUGGAGAUUAGACAAGAAGACAUUGAAGGAUUUUUGCAGAAAGAUAUGAGUGAUUUUGUAUCAAAAGAUUCUAUGUUCAUUUUUACAGCGUUUGAUUUACCGUAUGAUUUUAUGGAAAGAGAUGUGAAUUUUUGGCCUUUUGAUGAAAGUUAUAAUGAAUGUGUGAAGUUUUUUGAUAAAUUGACUGUGGUUAACGAUGUAGCGGAACGUGGGGUAGCGUUGAUCGAACAUUACAAUAAGUGUUUUACAAAAAAUGAAGAACAAUUGCAAUACUUAUUACUUGUUAUCAGUGAAUAUAGGAAAAAAUUUCCGAAUUGUAAUAAAACUACUCUAAUGUCACAAGGUUAAGGAAA